AUGUUCACCGUCCACACAAACAGGCAAGGAGGUAACGGUUUUGAUACCAGUGCGUUUAGAUUUACCCUCAGCGAAGGAGAAAGAGAAUUCGGUCAAAUGCCGCGGUCACAAUUUGAAGCGCAGACAAAAGUGCUAAACAAAACCACGUCCAAAGACCAUAAACUUGAUCAUUUGCUAGAAAAGGCUAAAGACAGUGACAAAUCCAUGAGAAACAGCAUAGACGAAGAUGAGAACGAAGAACCAGAGACAAAAGAUUGCCGAAAUCUGACUGAGACGUUUGUGGCCGUCAUAGCUCAAGGAAUCUUAAGUGUCCCUUCUAAGCGUAUGACCCUAAGCUCAAUCUACAAUUUCAUCGCCAAAACCUUUCCACACUUCGACAAAGAGAAAGGACCAGGCUGGAGAAAUAGCGUGAGACAUAAUCUGUCCAGUAAUGACUGCUUUGUGAAGGCGAGCAGAGCCGAAAACGGAAAGGGGCAUUACUGGAUGAUCCACCCGAAAGAUCUACCAGAGUUUUCCAAAGGAAAUUUUCGACGACCAAGAAAGCCUCGAAGACCAAGAUGCAGUCAUGCCUUGGGAUGUGGAACAGAUCGCAGUAUGCUUGGAUUACCUCUUUCUGCCACCUUAUUUCCUUAUCAUCACAAGCCUUCUCAUAGUCUAGAGCUCACCAAGCCGCACCCUCCUAAAGAGCCGUUCCCGCACCCGUUUGGAGUCACCCCAAACAGAAGCCCAUUGCUGCCAACGUCAAGGUAUGACUACUACUCGCGUGAGGCGGCAGAAACCGCGCACUUUCCAAUGAAUCAGUACCAUGGUUUUUCGACACCUCCCCCGCCUUAUGGACUCUUCAGUUGGCAGGAUAACCCGGCAUUCAGAAACUACAACCCGCAUUUCCAAUCAUCCUCGUUCCACCCUUACUUGUAUAUGUCUCCUGUUUCGCAGUCAGAGAAUGGAAUAGGCAUUAAUUACGCUUAGUGAAAUUCUGUGACUAAAGAACUAAGUUCUUAGAACAUUCAGUUUAUUGAUUUCCACAAAGUUAGCAAACAUUUAGAAUACAUCUUAAGUACUGUUGGAGUUCAAGUACUAGACUAUAGGGUAGCUUUCUGGUAGAAAAUCAGACUUGCUUACGCGAUUGUAAAUAUUUCACAGAUUAUGCAAAGACACAAGUUUCGCUACAUUUAUCACAAGAAUGUUGAACUGGCAAACGUAAUUCCGCUCACAAUCACAUAAUUUUUCUUGAUUAAGAGGUUUUUCGGACCUACUGUUAAAGAGAUUUAUCGAAAUUUGGAAGAAAAGAAGCCAGGUCAGCAUCAACUCCAGAACAAAGCAUCACUUUCUAGAACAAAUGGGUUUUUUUAAUGGUCCAUUUGAGUAGAGCAAUUUCAUAGGGCUUAAAAAUUUUCCUAAUAACGUCUUUGGUAUGAGCAAUUUAAGUAACAAGUGACAGAAUGAAGAACACUUUUACAUCAGCAUUACGAAAUCGAACAGAACCUUAACGCAAAACUAAGAUCUUUUGCCGUCCCAUUAUGUACAUAGUAUUUUGUGUCAGUCAUCUGUAUAAACAUGUUAUCACCCACUUGUGCUGGGUUUUACUUUUCAUCGGACUCAUUCAAUAACCAUAAGAAGUUUAUAAAUCACAACGUUCACUGCGCCUUUUUUCUUCCGCAAAAUGUCGAUGUGGUGAUCAAUGUGUUUAGCUUUAUAACAGUUUAGUUCUCUAGGUGAUGAUUUGUAUAAAAAAUAAACAC